AUGCGCUCUUUUUCAGGCUGGAAAUUGAAGUGCGAUGAAGUCAAGCCAAUUUGUGGGGCCUGUACCAAGUCUUCACGGUCAUGCAGCUACUCCAGAAGAUCAGUGUUUCGACCGUUCCAGAGUUAUGGCGUGAAAAACAAGAAUGACGACCUGAGCUUUGGUUCAGGAGAUAGUCAACAUGUUUUUGAUGACGAUCAUGUAUGGCUUAAAGUUCCCGAAGAGCUUCACUUCGUUUACAUCGAGGAUCCAUAUACUGAGCAGGACGACACGAUAAUUGAUGCCACUAUCUCUGGAGAAGAAACCUCUGAAACAACAUAUCCAGUAUCCGUAUUGUGGAGGCAUCAGGAUUCUCCAAUCAUUAAUGGCAAAUCGUAUUCCGAAGACUCUGUUCCACAAGAGACGCGUAAUUAUGACAAGCAUGCUGUUGAUUCAAGACUGGCAACGCUUCAUCUCAUCAAACAUUACAAACAAGGUCCCGGCACUUGGUUCGACAUAUUUGAUACUGGUUGUUACUUUUCUGGAAAAGUCCCCGUCAAAGCCGCUUCGAGUCCCCUCCUCAAAUCUGCCAUUUGCGCCAUUUCUGCGAAGCAUUUAUACCGUCUCAGGAAGAACAAGUCCCAAUCACCCCUUAACCCGAUACCCCGAGACACAAUCUGGUCGUCUUAUGACUGGCACUAUGAAUCUGCCAAGCACUAUGACGAAGCCAUCAAUCAUUUGAGAAGCGCAGUGGAUUUACAGACUUAUGAGAAUGACCUCAGUGAGAAAGAGGAUAUGCUAGCGGCUGUUGCGAUUCUAUGUAUCUAUGAGCUUAUGGAUGCACCUGGAACGGCAUGGAGAGCACACUUGAGUGCCUUACCGCUGUUCAAGUCGACAGAAGAUCCUUCGAAUCUUCCCUCACCGAUAGUCAUUCCCAGAACCGCCAUCCAAGGGCCUAUUCUCUGGAGUUUGGCGAGGCAAGAUUUACUAUGCGCAUUUAUCAGCCAAACACAGACACGGCUCGACUUGAAGGACGUCCGUCUCUGGCAAAAUGCAGGUCUUGCCACUACUGAAGAUGGUACUCUGAUGCCCUUCAGCCCGCUGUGCUCGGCAGACAUUCGGACCUCAGCCGACAUAGAAGAAGACACCAAAAGUAACGAGUUGACCUGGUUAAUAGGUAAGCUUUCGAAUCAUCUCACAUCGGGCGACGCCAUCAAUCCUACAGACUAUGCACUGCCGCAUGGUCAGCGGCCUACAAUUGGGGUGACUCAGGAGCGUCUACUCGAGCGCUGGGAGAUGUUGAUGUCAGAAUUCAAAAAAUGGCACGACAGCCUUCCUCGGACGUUUAUACCAUAUGCCCGAACACCAUACCCAUUGAGAGACUUGCCCUCACAAUCAUGCUUUACUACUUUCGAUCAGGUAUGGUACGAGUUGCCGAUUUGCGCUGCUACUAUGCAAAACUACCACAUGGCAAUGAUACUACUCCUCGUGAAUCAACCACAAGAAUCCACAUUUAUCCGCUCAACUGUCUCAGCGCGGUUAAAUUCGUACAGAAAGAUCCAAAAGGAUGUACGCUAUUACGCAAAGGAGAUAUGUGGAAUCAGUCUCGCUGAUCCAAGUGAUCCGGUGAGAGCCAAUUCUGUACAGGCACUUUUUGUCGCAGGACAAGUCUUCCAUGAAAAGGAAGAGCAACACGCAGUUUUGAAGCUGUUGGAAGAUGUAGAGAGGGAUUUAGGAUGGACGACGAGGUUUCACAGGGCAAAACUGGUUGACGAGUGGCCGAAAGACUUUUAG